AUGGAUGGAACAUUUGAAGAACUAUUUAAUGACAAUGAUGAUGACUUAUUUCGGGAUUUGGAAUUAACAUUUAGUGAUUGUAAAGCAUCUGACAAUUCAACAAAACAUGAAAUCAAGGAAUUGAAACAAGAACAGAAGGAAGAAGGAGAACUGAAGGAAGAACAAGAAGAUUGUAACAGGUUUAGAAGGGUAGGCGAGGAAGACAUAAAGGUUUUUGAAGAGUCUCACCAGUCAAAGAGAACAAGAGAAAACACAAAAUGGGCAGUAAAGGUAUUUCAAGAUUGGCAUAGAUCUAGGUAUGCUGAGCCUCUAAACACGUCUACUGUCUCAGAAGAGUCACUUGGCCAGAUUUUGCGCAAGUUCUACUGCGAAGUCGCCCCGCAGCCAUCAGAAAGGCGCUCAAAGGCUUUCGGAGCUGGGUCUAAGGUGUACCACAAGAAUAGUAUGAAGAACAUACGAUCUGGUCUGAACAGACAUCUGACCGACCUUGGCCGCAACAUGGACAUUGUUCAUGGCACAUCAUUUAAGGCUGCAAAUCGCACACUUGAUGGCUUCAUGAAGGAACAAACUAAGGCCGGACUUUCCCGACCCACACACCACAAGCCUAUCAUCGAGCAAAGCGACCUUGAAACCAUUUCCAGGUUCUUCGCCAAUGCUCCAUGCUCUCCAAUUAUUCUUCGACAGUGUGUAUGGUUCCAACUUGCUCUCCACUUCGUGUCACGCGGCCUUGAAUUUCAUCACCAGCUUCAAAUCGACUCCUUUGAGUUUACUGAAGACCAUGAUGGAAUUGAGUAUGUCACCCUGAAGCACGAGACGCAGCAAAAAAAAUUCCAGGGUGGGCUAACCAAGGAUGAGGCUCCAUCAGACCGCAGAAUGUAUACGACAGGUGGCCCAUGUUGUCCAGUAGCAAUGUUAAAGUUACUCAUCAAUAAAACCGACAAAUCGGCGCCUAUGCUGUUUAAUGCCUGCAUCAAGGAUGCCAUCGCAAGACCUGAGGCAAAUGACAUUUGGUUCACCAAUGCGCCACUGUCAAAGCGGUCGUACAGCAGUUUCAUGGCUGACAUUUGCAAAGCAAGCAAAACAACAGGUUGGUACACCGCGCACAGUGUCAGGGCCACAGCUAUCCAAGCAAUGAACGACAGUGGCUUUGAAGCUCAUCAUAUUAUGUUCAUGUCCGGGCACAGGAAUGAGGCAUCAUUAAAGUCGUAUUGCAGGGCACCCAGCAACGUCCAGAAGAAAGAGCUCAGUUCAUCACUGAGUCUUCUCGCGUCCUCUGGCUGUACUUCCGCAAAAGCUCCCAUUGAUAAAUACGUUACCCCACCCACCGCCACAGUCGUUUCAUCCGAUGCUAUGGAAGACUCUCCCCAACAACAGUCACGGGUCGAUAUAGUCUCCAUUGUGGUGAUUGCACCUUCUGACCCCAACACAGACCCUCAGUCCUCAGUCAACCCCAUCGUCCGCCUAGUUCUCCAGAUCGCCACCGUCUUCAUCCUCAUGGCCUUCAUAGUUGGCUGUGUGGUCAUCUUUCAUCAUAGAUACCAGGUGCACCAUUCCAAGGUUAAAGUUAAAGAUAUGCCGAGCAACGAUAACAACGCCAAGGUACAGUUUGCCGUGUACCAAAGCUCCAAUUCAAGUCUAAACACGACAAUUCCUGACAAUCCUGCUAGCCCAAGUCAGGUUACACUUGAUAACGACCAUCUCACAGUUCCACAAUGGAACUACGCCACCGGGGCAGGCUUUGUUAAAUCCCCGAGCAGUACGUCACUAAACACAAUAAACACGCGCAGAGGUUCAGUAUAUUCCAACCAGUCGCAGAGAAGGAAAAUGGUGGUAGUUAAGAAAUCCUUAGAUACCAAUCAAAGACCUGGAUGGAAUGCACCGCCAACGCGGCCUAAACGGACAUCGUAUAACCCAUUUAGUGGUUGGAAACAAAAGGUGCAAGAAAGCAAACGUGUGUGA